GACAGACAGACAGACAGACAGACAGACAGUGAGACAGACAGACAGACAGACAGACAGACAGAAAUAAAUUGAAUUAAAGGUUCACGCAGACUUUAAGUGACAGGAUGUGACAUCAUCAGAAGGAGGCGUGGCCUCAGUGUGUGCCUCUCAGCAGAUGGUCUCUCUCUCUCUGAGGAUCUCCACGGCGACGACGCUGCAGUGACCUCAUCAUGACUCUUUAAAGUUUGAUCAUCGUCGUGACGACAACAGAUGCAGAACAGGUCCAAACAGGUCCAGAACACCUGCUGGUUCUGGUUCAGUGAAUGUGGUUCACGUGGACCUGCAGAGACCCGAUCCCCCUGCUGGUCUCAGAUCAGUUUGUUCUGAUGUUUGGACUCUGAACCUGUGGACCGGGUCAGAGGUCGUAAACUGUGAUUAAAGGUCCGUAAACAUGAACUUCACCAUGAGAGCCAGAGAGAAACGGACUGUGGGUGGAUCCAUCAGACUAAAGUGAGUCUGACAGGAACAGACGCUGAAAAUCUGAGAACCAGCUGCUCAGACUCAGGUGUGUUUGUGUUUCAGGAUGAUGAUGAACGACAGGUGGACCAUCAUGAACAACAGCAGCUCAGAGCUUGACAGCAAACAGCCAAACAAACACAAGAGAUGCUGCAGCUUCCUGUUUUGGUCUCUCGUCAUAUUGGUCGUCAUAGCAGCUGUUGUCUCUGCAACAGUCACCAUCCUGUACCUGAACCAGUAUCCUCUGCCCUUCAUCAACAGUAACAGGAGUGGAGUCUCCUACUCCUCCUCACCUGUGAUCUCAACCAAUCCCAAAGAGUCUGGUGCUCUGGUGUCGGUCUCCCGUGUCGCAGACGGAGAGCCAAUCAGCAUCUUCCUGGACCCAAACUGUCCGGACUACAGCGACGACUUCCUGCGCUGGGAGGCGCUGCAGAGCUCGCUGCUGCAGGCACUGUCCAAUCACAAAACAGAUGACUGGCAGGACACAGGAUUGGUCCAGAAGCUGGCAGAGGAAGUGAAGGUGUUAUCAGACCACGCCCACAACCUGAGGAAGGAAGCUGAUUUGCUGAAAAGAGGUCAAGGUGUUCUGGACCAAAGACUGGAGGGACUGCAGAUAGACCAGAACCGUGUCCUACAGGUGUUGUCUGACAGUGACUCAGGUGUGUUGAAGUUGGCUGAAGGUUUCAGUGAUUUGCUGCUGAACCUGCAGAGGGCGACGGAGAGUCUGAAGAAACACAACAGAGACCUGCACAGACACAAGGAGGACACAGCUGACAGACCCAGAGAUUGUAGUGAUGUCAUGGCGUCUGGCCGUACUCAGGAUGGCGUUUACUCUGUGUUUCCAACUCAUGACCCCGUCGGCUUCAUGGUUUACUGUGACAUGACGACUGAUGGAGGAGGCUGGACGGUGAUCCAGAGGAGGGAGGACGGCUCGGUGAACUUCUUCCGAGGCUGGGCAGCAUACAGAGAUGGUUUUGGAAAAACUACAGAAGAACACUGGCUAGGUCUCCAGAGGAUCUACUCCCUCACCAGGUCAGGUGGUUAUGAGUUACGGAUCGACAUGGCUGACUUUGAAAAUGCCACAGCAUUUGCUCAUUACGCUGAUUUCUCUGUUGGUCAAGACUCGGUGAACCCAGAAGAAGACGGGUAUCCGCUGACUGUGGACCAGUACUCUGGGACUGCAGGUGACUCCCUCCUUAAGCAUUCUGGGAUGCAGUUUACUACUAAAGACCGUGACCUGGACCAGUCAGAGAACAACUGUGCAGCGUACUACCAGGGCGCGUGGUGGUACCGUAACUGCCACACCUCCAACCUGAAUGGACAGUACCUGAGUGGAGGCCACGCCUCCUACGCUGAUGGUGUGGAGUGGUCCAGUUGGACAGGCUGGCAGUAUUCACUCAGGUUCACUGAGAUGAAGAUACGACCCAAGACUAAGCCGGCUAACCUGGACUCAGCUGAUCCUGAGCCUGACUGACCCGUGUACUGUGAUGAAGUCACAGUUGAUUAAAGACUAUGAGCCAAUCAGGGGUCUGUGAUGUAGAUCAGAAAUCUGUCUGUCUGUCUAUCUGUCUGUCUGUCUGUCUGACCCGUGUACUGUGAUGACGUCACAGUUGAUUAAAGACUAUGAGCCAAUCAGAGGUCUGUGAUGUAGAUCAGAAAUCACUACAUGUGAAAUGUAUGACGUCAUAUAAAACAUGAUGUUUUCAUCAAUAAAAGUGUCUCUGAGUGUCCAUGGAGUCCUGAAUGCAGCGCAGCACGUCCUGCUGUGGACGUGAUGACGUGAUGACGUGGUACAUGACGCAGCGUAUGUAAAUAACGGACAGCCUCCUUCUCUGAUUCGCGGGAAAAUGAAAAAAUGGCGACUGUAGAAGUUUGAAGUUAAGCGCCACGGACAGAGAGACAGAGAGAGACAGACAGGCGGAGAGACAGACAGGCGGAGAGACAGAGAGAGACAGACAGGCGGAGAGACAGAGAGAGACAGAGAGAGACAGACAGGCGGAGAGA